AUGACUUUCAAAUUUGUUCUCUUGGUUCUCCUUGGUGUUCUUAUUUGCACCACCACUGCAAGAAAGCUUGUUGGCUCAGAGGGUUCUUUAGAUGGAGAUAAAAAUUUCUCCCUUGGUCACUGGGAUCUAGGAGGGCUUGGUGGAGGUGGGGGCGGAGGCUUUGGUGGAGGUGGAGGUGGAGGUGGAGGAACGGAAGGUGGUUUUGGUUCUGGAGGAGGAAUGGGUGGUGGGAUUGGAGAACAAACAGAUUUACCUUAUAAUAUACAAAGAUUUGCAUGGAAGAAAUAA